CUGCUGUCUGCUCCUAGCCCCCCUACAAGAAAGAGGAGAGAGAAGGCGAGACCGCGAGGCGCGAGCAGAACCCGCGCUAGAAAGGUAACCUCCUCCCCCUGCAGCGCCCUCCUCCCUCGCCAGAUCCCCAAUUUCGCCGCAGAUUCCUCGCCGGAGCGACCCCCAUUGCGUCGUGGAUUGGCGACUCGACGGCCGGCUUCGAGCGCGGUUCGCGUGGAGAAGGCCAGCCUCGAAUCCGAGCCUCGGCCAAGGCACGCGCAGCGCAUUCCGCGGGAUUGCAGGGCAUUUUAUAGAUGACCAGGGCAGCAACUCUUGAUUAUGGGGGCAAGACGCAGAGUGAAGCCCUACGGCCAGGGCCACUGCGGCCAGCAAACAUAAUCAGAAAUAAAUUUCCUACCUACAAGAAUGGUUCAAAUGGUAUAGUGAUCAAGUUGGCUGAUGGCCCUGAAAUGCCACCUGUCAAGGAGAUCGUUGCAAAGGAGACUGCAGAUCUACUUGAUCGUCGUCAGCGUCUCUCUGUCCGUGAACUCGCCAUGAAGUUUGAGAAGGGUCUCAACACUGCCACUUUGUUAUCAAAUGAGGUUAAGUGGAGACAAGUAGCUUUGCUGGAGCGAGAUAUCCUUCUGAAGAAUCUAAAGAGUGUAUUAGAGUCACUGAGAGAUCGAGUGACAGGCAAAACUAAGGAUGAAAUCAAGGAGUCUAUAUCUAUGGUGGAGAUUCUUGCAGUUCAGCUCUCCAAAAGAGAAACUGAGUUGCUUCAGCAAAAAGCAGAGGUCACAAAAUUAGCGAAAUCAUUAAAGCAGGCUUCUGAAGAUGCAAAGAGAAUUGUUGAAGAAGAAAGAGCUAAUGCUCAUUCAGAGAUAGAAAGCGCUAGGAAUGCUGUGCAAAGAGUUCAACAAGCAAUUCGGGAGCAUGAAAAGAUGUCCCAAAGUACUGGGAAGCAAGACAUGGAAGAACUCAAGAAAGAAGUUAGAGAGGCCCGGAGAAUCAAAAUGUUGCAUCACCCCAGCAAGGCAAUGGAUCUGGAAAAUGAAAUAAGAGUUUUACGUAAGACAUUUGCUGAGAAAUCCACGGAUUGUGUUAAUCUUUUGAAAGAGUUGGAACUGCACAAAAGGCUAAAAGAAAGUGAUGCCCCUUUGUUCGAUUUGGAGGGCCUCCAAUGCUUAGGAUCAAUAUUACACAUAGUUGCUCUGAGUGGUACUUCUAUGGAUCUGUCAAAUAUUUCAAUCCAGUGGUUCCGCAUACAUCCAAAAGGAAGCAACAAAGAGAUCAUUUCAGGUGCCACGAGAUCAGUAUAUGCGCUAGAGCCACAUGAUGUUGGACGCUAUGUGCAAGCUGAAAUCAAUUUUAACGGUGAAAUUGCAGUAGCGAAGACGGUUGGUCCAGUAGAUCCUGAUGCUGGAUUGGUUGAUUACGUGGAGACACUUGUAAGGAAACCUGAAACUGAGUUCAAUGUUGUUGUGCUUCAAUUGAAUGGAGUUGAUCAGCCAAAAGAGUCGGUCCAUGUUCUCGAUGUCGGAAGACUGCGGAUGAGGCUUACUAAAGGGAAGUUAGUAGUUGCCAAGGAAUUCUAUUCCUCAUCAAUGCAGAUAUGUGGUGUGAGAGGUGGCGGCGAAGCAGCCCCGCAGGCAAUCUUUUGGCGACCAAGAGAUGACCUCAGCUUGGUGCUGGCCUUCGAGACAACCCGAGAACGGAACGCAGCGAUCAUGCUUGCUCGGCGGUUCGCUAUAGAUUGCAAUAUCAUCCUUGCUGGCCCAGGCGACAAAACCCCCUGGUGAAGGAAGAUGGCACACCGGUGCUCUACCGAUCCAACUGCUGCCAUCGAUCCGCAACCCGUGCCGUGAUGUACAUUUGCAUGCACAGUGUGAUUGCAUCAGUUCCCUAAUUUUCUACUUCAGUUUGGGUGGUUGCUCUGUUCUUCGUUGUGUGUUAGGUUCUGAAAGACGACGCCGUGCGCACCGUUUUAACCGUGUCGGCGCCAUCUUUCUUUCGUACCAUGCUGUGUUGUUCAGUCGCUAGGGUUGUGAUAUUUUGCUAACAGAGACGACAGUAAUCUAAGUUUGAUGCUGUGUACACA